AUUUAAUCCGAUGGAGUUUGUGCAGUUUAUUAAAUUCAUAAUUUAAACAAGCAAAUGCAAGCCGCAGCUCUCUAUUGUUUAGUUGGUUCAAUAAUGACUUGCAUGAUGGCUGCAAUUUAAGCUGUUCAUUUGGUGCCAGUUGGCGGCUACUGGAUUCAAUUUCGAGAGUAAUUCGCCGCCGUAUGCUGUUUGUCUUGGGUAACGAGUCGUUACCUUUAACAAGUAACGGAAAUACACUCUUCCCUACGUCGCAUGUUUUUUUUAACUGUAAAACGAAAUGGAGCCAAAAUUUUCGUUGCCUUCGCCAAAUUUCAAUAAAAAAUCACAUGAACCCACCAAGAAUAACUUGCAUUACCUAACUCCAUGUGGUAUGACUCUGCUUCCACGUGCGAAACAGCCGCCUCCCAUGUAUGGACCGCGUGGGAGCACAGUGCCCCCAAAGUUUUUCAAAUUGGAGAAUCAACAGAACAGCAAUGAAGCACAAUCAGUUUCAAGCAGAGCGCCGCCGAGAACCGAAUACUGUGCCAACUGCAGCAUGGAGUUGGCUACGGCGCAAGACAUGAGACUGCAUUUGGAGCAGCAUGAGCAAUGUCCUUCCGAGGAUUGCAGCUUUGCAGCCAUGACCAGCAUUUUGGAGCAGCAUAUUGAGGCAAAUCACAUAACGGGCUUGUACAAAACCGUAAAAAAGGUUUGGACGCCUGAGGACGUUGCCGCCUGGCGUGCGGAACGUUGCAAGAGAUUUCCAACUGCGGCCAAUGUGGAGAUUGCCAAACAGGCCAAGGAGCAGCGCUUGAAACGCGGCGAGCGCCUUGAGGCAUCUAAGACCCGCUUCGGUAAGCCGGAGGACCGGCGACGCACGCGUCCACAAACCAAUAACAGGGAUCAUCCAAAGAAAACAAACAAGCCCAGAAACAAAAGUAAUACUCAGGUAGCACGAAUAGAGCCUCAGAAGCCGCAGACGAGUCCUGUAACCACCGAAAAACAUAUUGCUGUAGGUACUAUAGGCCUACGUUCAAUCUGCUCGUCCACGUUUCGCGGAACAAGUAAAAUGACAGAUUACAAGCAUGUUAAGACAAAGGAGAAAGACAAGGUGAAUGCAUUGAGCAGUAUGCUGGGCAUGUAUGGAACAGACAGCGAGAAUGAAGAUGAAACGUCGGACGCCGAUAAUAGUGAUGAGAUUGAUUUUUCACCAGUAUCUCGGGUAGAACCUAAGACAGGUGUAGACACAAUAGUCGAGCUAGGAAAGGAUGUGCAGUCCAUAGAUAUGCCUGCGCUAAAAUGCCCUGCAAUGCCUCUGGUUGAUAUUGAAACAAAACCGCCCUCGGAAAAUGGCUCAGGCUCUUGCGACGAAGCACCAGAGGAAUUGCCCAUUGAGCGGAAAACUGAAACAGAUUCAGCUCCCAGCACAACAAAAGAACAGAUUAAUCCAAAAGCAACUGAAAAGUGCAAAUCGAAUACUGUUUCAAAUGUUAAGCGUCCCGCACCAAAGAAAGUACACUCAGGUUUAAAUUACAAGCGAGCGCGUCGCGUAAGUCACCAGAACACGAUGCUGUCCAAGCUGCUGGCACCCGAUAUACGUCACGAGCGGAAUGUUUUGCUGCAAUGUGUGCGGUACGUGUGUGAGCAGAACUUCUUUGGCAUCGGGAAAAGCGGGCUCGUACCGGAUUUAAGGUAACAGCAAAACAGAUUAUUAAAAACGUAACUUAAGUUUAAUGCGUACAAAAAA